UGAGGUCCCGACAGUCGGUGAGGCGGCUGCAGGCCCCUCCCUGCGGAGCCGCUGGUCCGGCGGGCGGGGAUGUGACCUCAGGUCCUGCCGGCCUGUCCCGGGCGUCGCGUCAGCUCCCGUGUCAGCGCCCGCAGUCCACACCGAUGGCGGGAUCCGGCUGCUCGUGGGGCGCGGAGCCGCCGCGGUUUCUGGAAGCCUUCGGGCGGCUGUGGCAGGUACAGAGCCGCCUGGGGAGCGGCUCCUCGGCCUCGGUGUACCGGGUGCGCUGCUGCGGCACACCCGGCUCGCCCCCCGGCGCCCUCAAGCAGUUUUUACCGCCGGGAACCACCGGGGCUGCAGCGUCGGCCGCCGAGUAUGGUUUCCGCAAAGAGAGGGCGGCGCUGGAGCAGUUGCAGGGUCACAGGAACAUCGUGACUUUAUAUGGAGUCUUCACAAUCCACUUCUCUCCAAAUGUGCCAUCACGCUGUCUGUUGCUUGAACUCCUGGAUGUCAGUGUUUCGGAAUUGCUUUUAUAUUCCAGUCACCAGGGUUGUUCCAUGUGGAUGAUACAGCAUUGUGCCAGAGAUGUUCUGGAGGCCCUUGCUUUUCUUCAUCAUGAGGGUUAUGUCCAUGCAGACCUCAAACCACGUAACAUAUUGUGGAGUGCAGAGAAUGAAUGUUUUAAACUCAUUGACUUUGGACUCAGCUUCAAAGAAGGCAAUCAGGAUGUAAAGUAUAUUCAGACAGACGGGUAUCGGGCUCCGGAAGCAGAACUGCAGAAUUGCUUGGCCCAGGCUGGCCUGCAGAGUGAUACAGAGUGUACCUCAGCCGUUGAUCUGUGGAGCCUAGGAAUCAUUUUACUGGAAAUGUUCUCAGGAAUGAAACUGAAACAUACAGUCAGAUCUCAGGAAUGGAAGGCAAACAGUUCUGCUAUUAUUGAUCACAUAUUUGCCAGUAAAGCAGUGGUGAAUGCCGCAAUUCCAGCCUAUCACCUAAGAGACCUUAUCAAAAGCAUGCUUCAUGAUGAUCCAAGCAGAAGAAUUCCUGCUGAAAUGGCAUUGUGCAGCCCAUUCUUUAGCAUUCCUUUUGCCCCUCAUAUUGAAGAUCUGGUGAUGCUUCCAACUCCCGUGCUAAGACUGCUGAACGUGCUGGAUGAUGAUUAUCUUGAGAAUGAAGAGGAAUAUGAAGAUGUUGUAGAAGAUGUAAAAGAGGAGUGUCAAAAAUAUGGACCAGUGGUGUCUCUGCUUGUUCCCAAGGAAAAUCCUGGCAGAGGACAAGUCUUUGUUGAAUAUGCAAAUGCUGGUGAUUCCAAAGCUGCUCAGAAAUUACUAACUGGAAGGAUGUUUGAUGGGAAGUUUGUUGUGGCUACAUUCUACCCGCUGAGUGCCUACAAGAGGGGAUAUCUGUAUCAAACUUUGCUUUAAUCAGUAACCUGAGGACUAUUUCCUGUUUCUCCUCUUUCAUUUCCUGGGUUAUUGUAUUCUACAUCUGAAUGCAGAAGUACCCCCUUACCAUUUUAAGGGAAUACUUUGUACAUUUAUUUAAUCCUACUAAUGUGCAGCCAUUGCUCAAGCAGUGACUGCAUUGCAAACAUUUGGCACUGAGUAGGACAAGACCUCUCAGCUAUACAUUGAGGGGUUUUAGAGCAUCCAUGUGGGCAACCUUUUUUGUGCAGUAGGGCAAGUGCUGCUCUUCAGUAUGUAAUCUAAAAGAUACUAACUAUUUCAUGUGAUCAUGAAGCAAGGAUGAAUAAUAUCGUAGUGAAUAUUAUUAACAAAUUUGUUAGAGUUGGUGACAUCACCUACUGGUUAUUGCUUUACAUCGUCAGGUGGUUCUUCCUUAUUGUUGAUAUCCAUAGCUGGCACUGGAUGCUCUCAGUAAUGUUACAUAAUCGUCAAGCAGCAGUUACCUACUGUGAUCUUAACACUGAGUUAUGAAUUCUUUUAAAGGAGUACUGUAGUACUGAACAUCCCUUUAAAGAAACUGCAGUGAGCCUCUCGACAUUUUUUUUAAUUAAGGCUUUUAAAAUAGAAAGCUGAUGCUUGAUCUUGCACAAUUUUUAUGUCUAGUAUGUAUGUUCGAGUGAGUGUGCAGGUGUGAAAGAUGAGAGAAAAUUUGAGUCAGCGUACUUUAUAGUGUGAAUCUUGUGAGCUAAUACAGUCUAUACCCAUCUCUUCCCUACCUGUUUCAUAUCUAAGAUUUAGCAUAUAAGUUUUUUGAGAGUUGGUCUGUCUGAUAGAAUGUCAAUGAGAAAAUAGUUCAUUCCUGAGAGGCUCAGAACAGACAAGUCUGGACUAAGUUACAUUGAAACUCUCUUAAAGGGAUUGGAUCAAAGAAUAUUGCUACAUGUAAAUUGCCCCAUCCUUCAGUCUACUUUAGACUCUUUAUUAGCUCAUCUUUUUUGUACUGAAUCUCAUGUGAUCAUUGUAAGAUUUCUCAAGAUAUAGUUCUACCUACUAUGAUGGAAAAUUGAAGUGAGUCAAAAAGAAAGAAUUAGAUGUUCAGUGAAGGGAAAAGAAAAAACAAUAGGCAAAAAGGCUCGGUAAUCACAGAUUUUUUUUCCCUUCUUUUCUCUCUCUCUCAUCCCCCUCCCUCCCCUUCUCCCCUUCCCGUAUUCUCUGCCUCUACCCUUAGCUAAAGAGACGCUAGAGGAACAAUAUCCCAGGUGGUCUGGCUUUUGACUGCAAGGAAGUUAAGAAGGGUGUAGCUGUAAUAAGGUGGAAGUAGAAAGGAAGAAAAACGCAAAGAAGUCUUAAAAGGAUUCAUAGCAAUCUAAUGUGUCCCUGAGUAGAGGAUACUAGUAUGUAUGAGUUCACUGACAGAUUGAUUAUAUGGUUUUAGGAAUUAUGAUUAUGAAUUCCUCCCCUGUAUGGUAGAUUGUCCUUAAAGGUUAAAAACUUAGGAAACCUUUAUAAAGCACUGAUUUUACACACACAAAAAAAGUUAUAUACAGGUUAUGAAUUUUUCUUGUUUCCUUACCUAAAUGAAAUUUUUAUUUAUUUAUUUUUUUCCUAAGGAAAAAGCCUUUUAUAUCUUUUCCUGCUGGAGGUCUCCUCAUAUAGUCUUUCCUUGUGUGUGCCAUGCAGGUUAUUGAGAGCCCAGCUAAGAAUUUCUAUUUUAGAGGAUGAAUUAUUUUACCCUAUUAAAAAAUUACUAUUUGACAUGUUAGUUAUUUACAGUUAUCAAAUUAUUCAAGACUAUCUCAAUAUUUAUUAUGAAGCCACAUUUGAUAUAAGGGGGCUGAUUUAUGAAUUGCCAAAAGGCCUUGUGACAGGUUCCCAAGGGAAAGUUAUACAGUAAGCUUCUAAUAUGUGCCCUGUGUUAUUUUUCAUUUUGGUCCUUUCAAAGGUUGGUUAGCUGAUUUGUUUCCAAAUAAAAAUUCAAGAGAGUAUAACCAGUAUUGUGGAGAUCUAAGCUUUCCUAAAACACGAAUAUUUUUAUGGGUAGCAGCUUCCAUGGUGAUUAAAAACACCAGGUCCUUCCACACAUACUGGUGAACACAGAAUACAAAUGAAUUGUUUUUAAGGGCAAGUAUUUUAGGUUAGCACGUGUACCUUUCUCAUUCCCCUCCCCCCAGCACCAAAAAGAAAAAUCCUUAAAGAUAAACUGCAGGUAGGCUUCUAAGCUUAGCGAUGCAGUAUGCUGCUAACAUCUUGAUGCUGAAUUUUGCAGCAUUUUUUGAUCAUCUUCUUAUUGCUGAUGUAUGCAUUCAUGUAUGUAGUGUUUGACACUGUAGAAUUUUAUUACAGAAGAUGCUAACUAGAUUUUAAGGAGCUGAGGGAAUAAUUGAUGAGCCUAAGUAACCAGGCAUUGAGUUAAAUAUUUUAUAUUAAAGCCACAGAAUUGAAAAAAGAUGCCUCCAGUUAUUUAAAUUCUUAUUCUAUAGCUCUUAACCCAUUACUACCAAAGAUGACAUUUGCAGAGUCUCCCUCCCUCCUCUGAUAUUAUAAGAAGUUUAAUCUUAGUAUCUUUCUUAAACCUGAACCAAAUAUUAUCAAAAGAUGCAAUUUUCAAGAUUCUUUUAGAAUGAAAUUUAUACGCAGAGAUUUUGAUUCCUUGAAAUUAUUAAAAACCUAGAAUUUUCUUCUUGAGAGGUAGGGUAAAGAGGUGAGAAUUCAUGUCACUUAACCCUUACCCUUUUGGGAAAAUUUUAUCUCAGGUAGUUUUUCUUUCCCUAAACUAAUAUCUGUGCUUCCUUUAUCUGUUGCCUUCCUAAUUUCUUCUUUAUUGUUACAUGGUAUUGUCAUGGUACAUUUUUGUCCCAGAAAAGGCAUAUAAAUUGAUUAUCCGAUAGGAAAUCUUUGGUUCUUUGGAAACAUAUUUGGAGGAGGUGGCGAGAGAGCCACUUCCAAAACUUGAACGCUUUGUUCAAAGGAGAAUAACAAGUGGAGUUGGACACCUCAGUGAAAGAUAGCAUUGGCUCAAAAACUGUUGGCUGCACUUUAAAGGAAUAAUUUUAAAUUUUUCUCUUGGAGUAAGUGAUUGCAUUUAUUACCACUGGUUGUCUUCCUUGUCUUGUGGCCAUCAAUACAGCAACUCUUAAGGGAAAUUCCCUCUCUGCUAUGCCUUUAGCCAAAACUAUGGCUGUUUUUAGAACAAAAUCAUAAAUAUAAUUUUGCUCUUCCUUCUCUGUGUUUUCAUUGAGACAAGUAUUGCCUUCUUUUUAGGACUCCAGCUGCUAAAGAGUGCUGAGGUAUGUUAAAUUAACCUUUAAAAAAAUACCUAUGCCUUCUAGAUUCAUGUUACUUGUACUUAGAUUUUAACCUUUGAGCAAGUUUAUUAUAAGGAAUGCUGCCAGAAACAGUGCUGUCAUGUAGAGGAAGUUGAAGAGAAACUAUGGGCGUAAAGUUUGUUUCUAUCGUAUUACACUGGACUUUCACCCUGGUAAGGGCAUCAGUGACCUUUCUGUAAUAAAUUAAAGUCAGAGUUACAGCACUCAGAUGCUGUUUCAUGGCUCAUUUGAAUUUAUUCAUCAAAUGGAAGUAACUGACAUUUUGGCAUCAUUUUCUUCUUAGGUCUUAUGUUCUGACUUUAUUAAAUUAGGCCUAUCUUACAUAAUUUUACAUAAUUCUAUCAGUUAUACUUGGCAGCAUGACUUUUUAUUUUUUGUAAUUUAAUAAAAAUCAGCAUCAUAGUUUCUGAUGGUAUUUAUAAUAACAUAGUUACUGGGUGAGGGAGUGGGGAGACACUCAGUAACCAUGUGUUUUACCUAGACUUUUAUGCAAGGGUCCAUACCAGGUGGCUUUAUUCAAAUUAGGGUACUGAUGGAAUCGCAUCAUGACAUUUAGUCUGGUGGAUGUGUAGAUAGUCAAAGAUUUAAGCAAGUGCCUUGUGUUUCCUGGAAAAUACUAAAACUCGUUUGGGUGAGAGCUUCCCAGAUGAUAAUACUUUUUUGCACCUCUGCCUUUUCCUUGGAAUAACUUUUGGAUUGAGUCACGUAGUAUAAAAGUCCAAAAUUUCUUGGGUUUACCUUUUUUUGUUUGUGCAAAUCUAUUCAUAUUUGAUUUCUUCCAAUAAAUCUAUAUUCUUCAUUGUAUCUGGUUCCAUUUUUAAUAUUAGAUUCCUUCAAAUCUUAUUACUCUCUCUCUCUCUCUCAUGUAAUUUAUUUCUUAUCAAGUAUGGUUACAUUCAGACCAGCCUUUGGUCAUAAUUAGCUCAAAAGAGUUUCCAUUUCUUCUUAAGGUGCUCAGUAAAUCACCUUUACUUUGAGAUGGUGGUCUUUUCAAGUUAGUAUUACUUUCUCGCUUUCUCAAUGAAUAUAAAAAUGUUCAAUCUCUGUAAUACAGAACUCAUCUGAGCCUCUUCGGUAUAUUUAGAUAAGUUACGCUUUCUUAGUUAUAGAAGAACAUGGAUAUUUUAGUUUUUAAAGUGCCCAGAAUUUUAAAGAUUUUGUUUUGUUUUCUUUUAGGUUAGCUUCUGCUCUGCCUGAUACCCCAGGCUAUGUCAUAUUUGUAAUCUUAGCCACCCCCCCCCGCCCAAAUAUUUUUUGCUAUUUUUAAAAUUGUAUUAUGACUAGUAUAUUCACACAGUGGCAUGCAAUUGUCAAGUACUAUGGAUAUUUAAGAAGAAGGUAAACAAUUUUAACUAUUUUUGCUGCAAUUUUAUAGGAAAAGUGGGCUGUAAGAGAAGUAUCUAUAAACCAGAGAGCAUUUAGGAAAUUUUAUAUUUAUAGGUGGUCAUUAAGGUGAUUUUCAGGAUAUAAGGAUAGAUAGUUUCCACAGCCUUUGUUCUCCCGACAGGAAGUUUUUAUUCGUUUUCCUGCAGCUCAGCACUUUUGUUGUUCUUUAUACUGCUUAUGAGGAUUAAUGUUUUAAAUUUGCUUUACUUUUGCUUUUCAGAGAGAUGUCAUAAUCAUGGCAGUUAUGUUUGUGGCACCAUAAAUGCUGGAAUUCAUGGAAAAUUUAUGAAAUGAUUGUCUGAGUGUUAUUUCCCAUUACAUAGAGUAGCUGUCAUAGUAUCUUAAAGAAAACUGAUGGCUUUUUGAAGGCCAUGUAUGUUUUAUGACCUAGGUUCAUAGUAUUUUAAUUUAAAGGCAAAGAGAAGUAUUCUGUUUUAUUUGCCUUAUAUGACCAUUAAUCCUUCUUGUACAGAAAAGAUUCAUUUUGUUAUACUACUUUGUAUGAUGAAAUAGGUCACAUUCUGAAAAAGAAAACAAAACGCAAACUGGAAUUCUUAAUUUGUUUGUUUAUUUUUGGGAAACCCUUAUGUAAACAUCAGAGCUAUUUAUCAUAAACUCUUGAUUGUCAGCAAGAGAAUUAUUGUAGUUGCUUUUUUAUCCCAGGUUGGAAUUGCCUGCUCCUUCUAGGUUGUCUCCCCUUAACAGUAUUCAUGAUGUCAGGACAAUGAGUGUGUAAAAGCAAAUGUAGUGAGAUGUUCUAAAUCAUGCAUCUAAAAUCAUACAUCUACGGACUGAAAAUCUCUUCAGUUAUUUGAAUUACCCGUAGCUGUAUUAUUUCAUUAGCAUGGGUUGUCAGAAGUCUGCCAAACUUAAGAGUAAAGAAGGGAAAGAUAAGUAAUAAAAAUAGACGAGAGGAAGAAAAUGGCUUCCUUACUGGUAGUAGUAAUCUGCCAUAUAUUUUAUGAUCUAAAAAUGGAAUUUAUUUUUCAAAAUCCAGGUUUGGUAUCUGUAGCAUAGAAACAUUGCCUUUCCUACACAUUCCUCAUUAUUGUCUCCUCAGAAAAUUAUUUUAAGAGUGUAUGAAACCAGAUUAAAUAUCCAUAUUCAGUUUAGUCUAAUUUUAAAAAUAAACAUUUGAACUCCCUAUUUUGUGUAUUUGGUGUACGUCAACACUCAUGCAGAUCAAGGAUCAGAAAGAAACUGGGGAUUAGCCAUCUCCGUAUUUCCCUUUGCACAUUGGGUAUAGUGGGUGGUGUUAGUAUGCACUAGCUGCAAAGUCAUAGCACCUUAUGGAAGUAAGUAGUGUUUAUUUAUUAUAAUAAGAAAAAAAAGUUAAGCUGGACCUCUGUGGAAUUUUUACUUUGCAGAGUAUAAAGCUCUCAUAUCUUUUCCAGUAGGAUUUACUCCUUCAAGCUUAAUUCUUUUUUUGAAAAAAAUCUUAACUAAUUUAACAUUCCUUUAUAUCCUCUUAACAGUGUCAAAUCUGGGUACAAGGGAUUUUUUCCCAAAAAGGGCUCCAUCUUUGUUAUCUUUUGGUCGCUCUUAGAAAUCGGUAAUGAUCAAUAGAUUUUAACAGUUUAUGGCUUCCUGUAUCAGCACUGGAGUGGUUGGUUGUGAAUAUUAAAACCUACUAAUAUUUUCCCUCAGUAACAUGUAAUUGCUAUGUUUUUGAUAAGAAGGUAUAGUUAGAAAAAAUGUGAAAGAUCACUUAAACCAAAGCCAGUUAUAAGGAGUAUUCUCUCCUGUUGGUUUACCUUCACCUCAGAACUACAAGAGAAUUACAGGACGUAGUGAAUAGUUGUCUAUAACAUUUCUACCAGUUGUUUCACUAGCUUCUUGGUCUUGGCAUUUCUUGGCACUAUGGUUCUCUGUUCUUGGUGGUCUUAUUGUUUGUGAGGUUUUCUGUUUUUUCUUUGAAUAACUAAGUGGGACUAUAAAUGUAGAUGUGUAUCAGUACCAAGAAGUUCUUUCCUCAAAUCCCUAAAUUUCUGAUUUCUGUUCAAGUCUUUUAAAGUUGUUUUUUCUUGCUGAAUAGCAGAGAACUUUUAUUUUCCAUUUUCCUAUAUACCUAAGAAGUAUGGACACUGCGUUGCAAUUGACUGUAUUGCGUAUAGUUUUUUGCUGAAAACUUUUUCUGUAAACACAACUGCCUUGUUCAGUUUUGUCGUAAACUGACUUUCCAUAAGAUGCACUGUUGAUAUGCUUUCUGAUGUGUGUUUGAUAAGAGUGGUUAAAUAAAGCUUAAAAAUAAAGGCAUUGCUUUUUAAUUUUAA